AUGCUAGCACCAUUCAAAGUCCAAAUUUGUGUUUUGCUCUAUUUGUUUGAAAAUGUUCCCUUUCACCAUCCAAGGUUGCCUGAGGAUACAAUGGCGGUGACGGUGGUGUAUGAUAACUCUGAGGCAACAGAGCUCUGUGCACAUCAGCACCUCUACCUCAUGCCCAUAGCAAAAUUGAUUAUCAAUGUAUGGCUCCCAGAGAGUACAGAACCUAUGAGGCCUUUCUUGAACUGGGAAGUUCUUGACCAGCUGAAGAGGCUGAUUUGCCCUGAUCAGUUAUCACCACAGUUCAACUCCAAGUGUAUGAAGAAUUUCAUCCGAUUCCAGGGGGAGGCUUAAACACAAAGUUUGAUCCUGAAGGCAAAAUUACAUGGGAAGAUCAUCAAGCUAAAUGGAUUGAAACCAGACUUAAAAGUAGUGGCUACAGAUGCACAGGGACAGUGGGAGCACUUCCCGAAGGAACAGGAGGCCCCAUCAAGUGACAGGGCUGAUGAGCUGGACCACAAUAAGAGCCUGGAUUCCACACAUUUUGAAGGCUUGCCUGGCAAGUGGUUUGCGCCUAAAGGUUCCACUGGGGGGAAGCCAUGUGAAAAGAUCCUACAGGUGGUCAUUGAGAAUUUUGGGAAGAUCAAGAAUGUGGAUAUUUCUAUGUUUAACCCCUACAGAGAGGUAAUGAAUGGUGGAAGCUUUGGGGGGUUUAGCUUCAGCAUGCAGACAUUUGAGGCCUUUGUACAGUACUAGGAGUCAGCUGACUUCAUAAAAGCCAUGGAGACCCUUUGAGGGAUGAAGCUGAUGCUUAAAGGGGAUGGUGGGAAAGCUCUGGCAUGUAACAUUAAGGUUAUGUAUGAUACAACCAAACACUUCCGUAAGGUUAUUUGGAGGCAAUAUCAGGAAAGGCUAAGAUUACAAGAACUGGAGGAAGAAAGCAAAGAAAAGAAGAGAGAUCAGGAAGAGUGUGUAAGAAAAAGAAAGGAGGAGAGGAAAGCCCAGGAAGAGAGGAAGAAGGCCAGGGUCAGGAGGUGACCCCUAAGGGACAGACACCAGCAAAGGAAGCGGGACAGAGACAAAGCUGAGCUGCCUGGAGAGCCCAACACUUCGGAGGAGUGAGAGGAGAGGAAGUUCCUACUGGCAAGGCAGGUGGAGGCCACUUGAUUGCUACUGGUGCUCCUGAGGAAAAUUGCAGAACCCACACAGUUUAACCCACAAGAAGUAGAUGUUGCAGGCCCUGAAGCUACUCAUGGUCUGGGGAAUUCAUUGAAAACUCUAAAGAAAGAAAAGUUAAAUACCCAAUAUCUUCAAAGUCAGGAGAAAGUGCCAAGAUAGGUUGCCAGUUUAGAUAAUAAAUAAAAACAAAAAAUGGAGGAAAGAAAUAGGGCUCAGUUACAUGAAUCUUCCCUCCAUUGUAGAAAAAAUGGAAAUGAUUCAGCCAGAAAAAAGGGAACUGGACAAUUAUUUACCAAUGAAUGCAAUGACAUUUUUGACUUUGACCAGAAUUCCUUGCAGAUUACAUUAAUUCAAGGUCAGCCUCCUGAGAAGGAAGACCACCUCAGUUCUAAUAACUAUCCUUUCAGAUUAUCUGAGCAAGACCUAUGCAAGAAAAACCGCGAAACAUGUGACCUCAUUGACUUUCUAUUAAACCAUUAUUAUCACACUCCAAAAUAUCCUUCUAUCUGUCUAGAACCAAGUCACCCAACAAGCACAUGUCAGUGGCAGAGAUCUGUCCAUGCUACAGGAAAUGGAUUUCAGAUCAAUUUGAGAAAUUACCAAUGUGACUCAACCAGCUUGAGUCAAAUGCAAAACCUGCAUACUCAGGGUCCUGUGCAAAAGCCACAAAAUAGAGCAAAAGUUUAUUAUGCCGAAGGAUGGUCUGAGGAGUUUAAAAAUCAGCCCAGGGACUCAGCCAGUGAAUCUGAUGAUCAGUUGACCCCAACUGAUGGAGAGGGCCAUCUGUUGGAAAAGACCGAUGCUUACCAGGUCAAAGAUUCCAAAUCCGGAAGUCAAAGCCAAUUUUCCUCACCCAAAAGGUCAGCAGAGUUGGAGUUGGCAGAUUUCCUCGAGGAAAUUAGUAGUGAUUCUGAAUGCUUCAAUGAAAUCCUCAUCAUAAACACAGAGGAGGAAGAGAAAUCUGUGGCCAUAUAUGAAAAUCCACCUGAAAGAGGAUCUCUCGAUGCUGAAGUCAUCACUAACAAUCAAGAAAUUAGAUCAAGUCAGCCGACCUUGUAUACAGAGUGUAAAAAUUUUGAGGAGGAGAAACACUCUAAAUACCAUUUUAGGAAACCGGUCAAGAGGUUCAAGUAUGAACGAAGAAGUUCAUUGCUUGAGGGUGAAAACAAUUCCAUGAGAGUUGAGAACAGCAACAGCAAAAUGAAGAAAAGGCUAGGCCCCAAAUACAUGUUUGGUCAGGGCAACUACCGCAAGUCCAGUUCCGGUUACCUACUAGGCAAUAUCGCAAGAAAGAGGAGGUGGUUCCGUUAUAAUACAUUUUACCAGAGAGUGAACUACAGGCUCUUUCGUGCUCCAACAUCAUCAUCAAAAUUUACUAAUGCUUUCUAUUCAAGGCGUUUUCCCCAAAGAAGACAGACUAUGUGGAAGACAAGAAAUAACCAGAAUGUAAGAAGAUUCACAAGACAUGAGAAUUCUACACAUUUCAGGCCAACUUCUGAUAAUUAUAAUAUUAGAUGUAACAAUCAGGAGCACACUGGCUAUAGAAGCUGUUUAGAAAACAACUAAAGCAAUUCUUUAUACUUCUAA